AUUUUAAUUCUCCUGUGUGUGUGUGUGUGUGCUGCUAAGCUGUGUGUGUGGCGAAAAAAGUCAUAUUUGUGAGAGGGAGUGGAAGAACGGGAGAGUUGAAGAGUGGACAACUAUCAUUCCAGGCAAAGUGAACAUGCUUUUGGCCAGCAUAAAACCAUAAAUCUGUUGAGUCGAGCACAUUUUUCCCGUGAAAAACUCGCAUACAUACACACACGCGCACACGCACGCACGCACUCACGCAGGCACGAAGGCAGGCAGGCAGCCAGCCAGUCAGCCAGGAAAAACCAAGCACACGAGUGAGCGAGAGAGAAGCGUACGCGAAAAAUCAUGUCCAGCUGGGCUGAACGCGUCCACAGGCGUGCCGCCGAUCUGGGCAACGUGGUCACAUCCUGCGGCCAUCCCGCCACCGCCCCCGCCUAUCCCUACCGCCUGGAGAAGGUCAAGUUCGGGGUGCCGCUGGAGGAGGUGUGCAAGCAUAACAACAACAUUCCAGGACCCUUGCUCGUCCUCAUCCUCAAGCUAAACAAGGAGUCUCCGAAUCGUCGCGAUGUAUUCCGCGCCCCCGGCCACCAGGGCACCAUGAAGAAGCUCAUACACUUUCUGCAGGCGGGUCGCUUAGUGAACGUCGACAACUACUCGGUCUUCACCAUCGCCAGUGUCCUGAAGAAGUUCCUCCGCAAAAUACCCAAUGGAAUAUUCGGGCGCAGCGGCGAAAUGGAGCUGUUUGCCAUCAACGAUCUGCAGAAUGAAUCCGAGCAGACGGAGCGCCUGCACAGACUCUUUGGUUCGCUGCCAAAAUACACACAGCAUCUAUUAGUUUUACUAUUCGGAACAUUCCGGGUUAUUGCCAGCAAUGCGGCUCAUGCCUCCACCGGAAUGACCAGCGAGGCAUUGGGCGUAUCCGUGGCGCCCAGUUUCUUUCAAUCCUGUGUUAGUGAUGGAAAAACAGCUCGAAUGGAGGAUGUGCUCAAAUUUAAGGUUGCUACCAAAAUAAUGCAGAAUAUAAUUGAUAAGUUUGCCACACAUGACAUCUUUGGGCGUGAUAACUAUGAGUACUAUGCCCGUGUCACAGGACGCAUUCUGAAGGUGCAGGAUGAGUGGAUAUGCAGCUUUCAGUAUCCACCACCGCCACGUGGCAAAUUGGCUCAACAGAAAUAUGCAUUGCAACAUUCGUUGGAGGCGGAGAAGACCUGGCUGCAGUGUCAAUGCGAGCGUUGGGGCUUACUGGCCCAGGAGGAGUCCCGAUCGACGCCCGCUCUGCUGACCAGCUCCAGUUCAGCGCUGGAGAACAGCGUCCUCUCGCUGGGCGUCUCACCGGAACACUCGUUCAUCGAGAGCUGUGCCCGCCUCUCUGUUUCGCUGGAGGGUCCCGGCAUCUUUGCCAUGACCUCCUCUCCACUCCCGGCCAAGCGGAAUGGGAAUGGGAAUGGCAAUGGCAAUGGCAAUGCUACAGACUAUGAUUACGAUGACUAUGCCGAUGAUGACGAGGACAACGAUGAGCUGGAUGGUGUUCAUGACUUUGGAGCCGAGCUGGAAAUAAGCAGCAUAGCUCCGCCACAUGGAAGUCGAGGAAUGUAUCGCCACAAGCAGCGACCCCAGCAGCCACUUCACUACCAAGAGCAAGCACAGCAGCAGCCGCACCAGCAGCAACAGCAGCCACACCACCGCCAGCGAGACUAUGAUGAUGACGAUGACGACGAUGAGGAUGACAUGACCGUUGUGAAGCGACGCUAUCGCCAGAACAAGAAGAAGCCAGUGCCCACGAGCAGCAGCCAUCAUCAGCGCCGGUUGCGUACGGGAACCAAGAGCCUAGAUGGCGGAGGCGUUGGCGCUGGAGGUGCUGUUGGAAGUGGUGGCGCCGAAAGGCGUCCAUCAGCAGGAUCAAAUGCUGGUGGCAAUCCCAUUGGCAAUCCCACACCGCCCAAGCCCAAGCAGAGGACCUGCAGCCGCUGCAAUCGCGGCAUACGCCACAGCAGCUCCUGCAGUUCCAAUUCGGCCGGAGCUACCGGCUCCAAUGGAGGAUCCGGUGCGGCGGGCAACGGUGGAGCGGAGGGCGGCAUGACCAUGGAUGAACUGAGGGCUGUCAAUCGCUACGCGGAGAGCACCAAGAGCCUCUCGUAUCUGCCACAGGUCCAUGAACGCCAAACCGCACGCAUGCGCACCCGCUCCGAGUGGUUCCUGGGUCCCCGGGAUGCUGUGGUCACCCUGCAACUGCCGGCGGACACCUGCAGCAACUGCUGCCUGGCCGCUGCCGCUGGAUAUUUGGGCGGCGGCAGCACCCGGGACAUGCGACAGGCCCAAACGGAGGGCGAACGUAACCAGGCGGCGCUGCUAUAUCACUUUUAUCGCCGGCAGCAGCAGCAACAGGACCAGGAGCAGCAGCAGCAGCAUCACUUUGACGAUAUGAUGGACACCGAGGACAGCUACGGACAGCAGAAGGAGCAACAGCAGCAGCAGCAACAGCAACAGAUACAUUCCAAGGGCCUCUUGAGGCCACCGCCCAUGCAACACCAGCAACACCAGCAGCAACAUCAGCAGCGACGCCUGCUGCUGGACGUGAAUACGGUUGGCAACAUCCGUUUGAGUAACAGUGCCGAGUCCAUUCAGUAUGCCGCAGGACGACGUCCAGUCGCCAGUCUCGCCCUCAAUCCCAGCCUUGGCCUCGGAGGAGGAGCCGUUAACCCCAACACCACCAGCAGUCACAAUCCCACCACCACCCGCCGGCUACUCAUCAAUGUGCCGCGCCAGUAUCGAUCCUCGCUGCGAAGGAACAAGGAGAAGCAGAUUGGCGGCGGUGGAAAUAGUCAGAGCAACAGUAGCAAUAGCCUGGGCAGUGAUCAGUUGACCGGCAAUAAUCCGGGCACAGCUGGAGCUGCCGGAGUUUCGGUGCUAAACAAACCCUUGCUCAUGGUGGGCCUACUGCCCGGUGCCGAGCAGCCGCCAUCGGUGAGGAACUCGAUUGCCGAAUGUGGCAUCUCGACAAUGUCCCAGGAUGAUGAUGGCAGCGAUCAUCGAAUGGACUUGGGCUUGGAGUGCACAACGACGCUGAGCUUCAAGCCACCGCGGCUGUAACAGGGACAACGUCGGCAACCGGAUAGCAGCGGCACGGAUGACUAAGAUCAGCCAGGACUCUUGCGACAGCUAUAUAACUAUAACUAUAAGAUCUAACCCAGAAUGGAUAAACUUGUUUUUAAUACGUACAUACUAUACAUACUUCCAACAGGCGCUGAUCUUUGAAAUCUCUAGAGAUUUCACAGAGAUUUGGUGUAAAUUAUAUUAGUCCCACUAUACAUUCAUACUAAAUUCUGGUUUUAAAUGGUUUUUAAAUCCAUUUUUUAACCUUAAAAUCUCUAGAGGUUUCCUCGAUUACCCCUAAUGCAUUAUAUAUUAGAUUAUUGUAAUGAUAUAUAUGUAUUUAACGUGUAUAGCAAGAAAAGGCUGAUUUUCUUUAGUUAAACAAAAAAACAAAACAAAAGAUAACAAAUAUUUACAACUGAAACUAAACUGUAAAAUGCAACUAAUUGCCAAAUUUUAUUCAGCAUUCAUUUCGUUGUUUUACCUUUACGGUUUUAUUUUUAAAACAUUUAUUUGUUGGUCUUCACCAAGAAGAUGAAUCUCUGGAAACUUGAAACAUUGUCAAGGUAGUAAAUAAACGAAAUUUUUCACCUAAAACAACGACAGAAAAGAAGAAAGUAAACAUAAAUCUGAACAAUCUACUAAAUAACCAAUCGAUUUCGAUAAGAACCACACAUUUCAUAUGCUAUUUGACCUAAGUAAUUCAUAUUGAUUCAAAUCGAACGAAACAAAGGGUCUUAAAAUGCAAUCAAGAACCAAGAAUAAAGAAUUAAGAAUUACAGAUUUACAGAUCUACAGACACAAGUACAAAAAAAGCAACAAACAAAACACGAAACCAAUCGAAAAUCUUAUCUAUAUAUAUACAUAUAGAAAUUCUACAUUGUUCUUACGAAAUUUUAGCAUUUAAUAACUUAUAGUUAAGCGUUUUUCAAAUUAUACUUGUAACUGCGAAAUGGAAA